UAUUAUUUUAGAGGUUAUAAUGUAUUUAAAAUUACUAGUGAAUUUAUUUAUAAUUUUCAAUGAUUUUCCUCCAGUCCCCGGAGAACUAGAAAAUUCAACGGAUAUAAAUUCAACAUUUCCUACUUCAGAAAUUGGAGCUAGUGAUUCUGCGAUUUCUGUCGAAGGCUGGUUGAUAAAUACCAAUGACUCCGAGGUUGACAGUAUUGAUGUCAAAGUUGGAGAUAAAUUACUAACUGAGGAAGGCAAUUUGACUGAAAUUGGUAACGCAACAGUCACUGAACCUAAUAGAUCUGAUCCGGUUUAUAAAAAUUAUAAUAAUUGUAUUACUGAUCAAAUUUAUGAAGCUGUUGAGAUUGUUAAUGCCACUAGAUUAAUGGAAUUAUUAAUAAUUGAGCCAUCGCCAGUUAAUCGUACUGACAAUACAACAACUAAAGAUAAUAAAUCUAAUCCUCGUACAUGUUUGCUAGUGCUCUUUUAUUCACGGUGGUGUGUAUUUAGCAGUCAAGCUGCACCACACUUUAAUGCGCUACCUCGUUUUUAUCCGCAUGUAAAAGCUGUUGCUAUUGACGCUUCUAAAUAUCAAAACUUUAACAUGCAGUUUGGAAUAGUCGGUGUACCAACACUGAUGUUCGUCUACAACGGAAAGCCUCUGGUUAAAUUCAACGAAACUUCAUACACCCUAGAGUCAUUCGCGCGAUUCGUCACAGAGUACACGGGCCUGAAAGCCAAUGAGUCUCUGUAUGUGACUUCAGCAGACUUUGGUGGACCAGUUCCUAGCACGCCUUCCAAUGAAACAGAUUACUGUCUCGUAAUGUCGUGGAUUUUCAUCGCAAUGUGCUUUGUUUAUUUCACGCUUCAAUCACGCUGGUGGAAGCAGUUUGUUGAGCUCGUGCAAAAUACUUGGAGGGAGAGCAAUGCUCAGCACGAACAUGCUGAUUAAACUUUGUGAUAAUUUUUUUUUGUUUUUUUAUUUAGAGUUAAGUAAUUUGUUGAUUAAAUUAAAUUAUAAAAUUAAUUUAUUGUUUGAAGGGUGAGACGCACUUAGAAGGC